AUGGCCCUGAAACAAUGCAGUCUGUGCGACCGCAAGUUCACCAAACUUGAGCAUGUCAAGCGGCAUGAGCGAUCGCACACACGAGAGCGCCCUUAUGAAUGCCCAACGUGCAAGAAGCACUUUUCUAGAAGCGACGUUCUCUUCCGACACUGCAAAGGGCAUGCUCAGAAUGCUCUGAACCGCUUGAACAGCCAGCAGCAGCAGCAGCAGCAGAACCAACUCAACCAGCAGCAACAGUCUAGCCAGAGCCAGAGAUCGCCGACCGACAAACCCACUCCUCGGCCUCCGCUGCAACCAGAGCCGGCACCGACCAGCGUCCAGCACGACGUUAGCCUCUCUCCCUUGUCGACUAGGAGAGACUCCCAACAGAUUCCGCAGCCGCCCAACAACGAGAAGAAUCCGAAUUCCAAUCCCUCCCCGCAGAUACAUGUUCGACAGGCUUCCUUGUCACAACAGACCGCAUCCCCUGGCGACGGCCGACUGGAAGCACUCAUCAAUGCGGCGCAGCACCUUGAGCCCUCUGGAGACGUAACUUGGAGAACGCCGUCCCCGAUCAAUAUCGCCCCCGAGCAGCAUGACCGCUACUUGAAUCGCGGUCACGACAAUAUGCCUCCACCUAUUGACCCAGCCAUCGACAUGUUGUCCUUCUCGCCAGCGGGUCAUGUCUCUAGUCUGGACCAAUGGGCGUUCGAACUGGUACAGAGUAAUCAUCCGAUGGCGAAUCGCACACCGGCCGAUGCUCUCCAGACCUGGCUCUUCGGUUUCGAGAACGAGCUCACCGGCGGCGCGCAUCAAAUCGGCAUUGACAACCAUUUUGAGCAGGACGCUUUCCGACAAGUGGGCGACAACCACGCUAGCCCGUCAGGCAGCAGCGCAUCAAUAGCAAGCAGAAUACCCAAAGAACGGUUUGCAAGAGUAGAGAGUUGUUGGCCAUCUAAAAACCGCCGGUCAGCACGGCUCAUGCCCACUCUGUGGCAAAACUUGAUAUCCUGCGAAUGCACCAAUAUCCUCUCCGAAAUCCCACACGGUGUCAUCGAGACGCCAGUGAGCGUAAGAGAAAGGCGAACGUCAAGGUGGGGUCUCGAUGAAGAAUGUCGGAAUGUGCUACAGAGCGCAGUAAACAAUGCACCUCAACCUGUACCGGCACUUCGCUCAGACUCAUAUCUAGACACUGCAUCUUCCAGUGGAGAAGCAGGAGCAAGUCCAGGAGCUGAAGGAAUUCAAUUUCCGCCAGCAGAAAUCCUGGAUAUCGCCCUUGAGAUGUAUCUGUACUACUUCCAUCCCACGCUCCCGAUCAUUCAUAUCCCGACUUUCUCAGCCAAAAACGCUCCACGGCCCUUGCUCCUAUGCAUGUGUCUCAUCGGACUGAGCAUCUUAGGCACUGCGGGAGCAUCAAAAUUCGUCUCUAGGACAUUUCCGACGGUCUUACAGAUGGUGUCGUCUGAACUCAAUUCACUUUCGACGAAGAACGACAGGCCGGAGCGGCAGAUGUGCAUAAUUGCAACAAGUCUCCUCGCGCUCAACCUCGCUUCUAUCACUGGUAGAAAGAGCCGAAUCGCACAGUCCGAAAAACUCUAUAAUGAGCUGAUCUCUAUUACACAAAGUCAUGGCCUAUUCUCAUGCAGCGAGGGUCCAUCACCAGAUUCGCUACUCGAAGAGAUAAUGGAUCUAGAGUCUCGGUGGAAGGCCUGGAGCCGAAUAGAAUGCGCAAAACGUAUCAUUUUUGGGUUGCUAGAAGUAGAUUGCUGGUACGCCGCAUAUCUCUCUGCAGCACCAAUGAUCAGGCCUGAAACAGUGCAAAUCCUCCCACCGGCCGAGUACAACCUCUAUCACGCCAAUUCCGCCACCAAGUGGUUCCACCUUGCUCAACGUGGCGUUCGCAUAUACACCAGUCGCAUCACCCCUUCUUUCCUACCAACGCCUGGCCUGAAACUUGAUAACACAAGUUUCCGGAGCCUCCUCACCCUGUUGCUUCUUCGGCUAUAUGAGUCGAAUGACCGCCUUGCCAACGCUACUGGACCGCACAAACAGCUGGAACCAUGGCGUAUCUAUGCCGAGGACCCACGAAGUCGGGAGCUCAUACCGCUCCUGGUCAACUUGUCCUCCUCCUCGAUUGACGCCCUUAGAACAGCAGAUCUCAACUCUGCAGUACUCUGGCACGCGUCCUGCAUGAUGCUCGGAGCCAACAUGCGGUACUUUGAGAUGGCGGCAGGCCGCCAGGGCCCCGGACCCGCCGUUACUGCUCUGGAAGACAUAUCGGCCUGGUCGCAGACGCCAAGUGCACGACGGGCCGUCUUGCACGCAGCUCACAUCUUCAAGCUGCUCUUUGACCGCAAAGUCUCGGACAUUGUGAAUCCGCACAGCGUUGUUGCGCUGUUCCAAGCUGCGCUGGUACUGGGUCUCUAUAUCUUCACACUUCCCGCUAACGCUCCUGUCUGUCGCUUGAACGACAACUGUGUCGAACUUCUCGAGCUCGUCGACUGGAGCUGUGUGGGGCACGUCGGCCUCAUGGAUACUCCUUCAUCGCCUGGCGCGCAGCUCGGUUUCGGCGACGGCACCACCGUCAACUUCAUCCGGAAUGGCGGACCCUUCAGCAUCACCGGUAUCGCGCUCGAAGGCGGAUACCUGGCAGCGCGAAGGACCUUGCUUCACUGUGCUGACUUGAUGGAGGGUAUGGGCCGGUGGAAGAGCCGGACCUUCUCCCAGAUCUUGCACAUCAUGAGCGACGACUUGACGGACGUGGACAUGGGGGAUAGUGAUGAGGCGUGA